UCAAAAUUCGACAGAAAUGAAAUCUUUAUACCUUUUUCUACCAAUAUAUUUAAAUAUUUACACAAACGGAAAUGAAUACUCAGGUUUGGUUGCUGAUAAAUUCGCCGGACCAGCAUUACAUAAACAACUCGAUAACGAAGCUCGUAAAGCUCAAUGUUGCGCGAAAAAAAUGCGAUGUUGUAAAAAAUUACCACCUCCGCCAAACAUCGAAAUAAGAGCCGUAAUGGCGAGAUGUACAAAUCCACCAACAUAUUGUACAAAACGACGUAAAAUGAAUAAACCCCUAUAUCAAGGGAAUACAGAACGAUUAACACGUUUUCAGGGAUUUGAUGAAGACGAACCUUUGGUUCAAUCUGAAGUGACGAAAUGUAAUAAAAAAUUAAUACUUACGAUGAAAAUCAAAAACGAGGGUGAAACGAAUACUCGAAGUCAAUUUAUAGUUAUCGAUCACGUUUAUGAUCCGAUUUCAUCGAUGACUGUAAGAAUUUUAAAUCCGUAUGUUAUUAAAUUAAAACAAGAUCACGUGAGUCAAACAUAUCCAUUAAAAUUUUUGGAUUUCGUUAAUUCCGAAGCUAGAGAGCAAGUUUAUAACAAACACGAUGGUAAUUUUACUGGCUGUUAUAUGGAUGAUAAACGACCAACAUGCGGAUUAGUAAAAUAUCAAGGACGCGUUAUUCCUUUCAGCGGUGGUUAUUGUUGUUCAUGCGACGCCCAAAAAAACGCUGAAAGACAACCGGAUAUGGAACAAUUAGAACCAAAGGUGGGUCCUAGUGACCCAGCAUUUUUAAUGGAUGCUGUUCAGUGUCCCCGGACGAAUAUCAAGGAAAAAUUUUCUAAGGAUAAUGCUAAGCGACAUGAUUUAGGGGGAAAAUCAGAUAAUUUGUUUUAUAUGAAACAAUCCGAUCGAGAUGGGCGGGAAAUGUAUCGGAAAUACCAAUCGAAAGUUGUCAGGGAAAGUAAUGGUCGCCAACAAAAUGCUGAUGAACAAACUUUAGGAAAAUCAAGAUUUGGAAUUGGUGAAGGUAGUGAUUUUAAAAAAUUACGCGGUAUUAAUCAAAAUUAUUUAGGUAGUCAAUAUGAAUCGAAUGGUCAAAGUAAUGUUAGAGAAAAUGGGAAACAGCCAAUGGAAACACAAAAAUAUCAAAAAUCAAGAAACACCAACCCUAAAGAAACCGCCAAAAACCCAAACAUUCAAUCGCUCCCAACUCAACAAGCAAUCAACUUAAACAAACCGUCAAUGCACAAAAUUUUAACUCCCGUUGACUUCUUUAAACCUGAAUCCAACCCGGAUUUGGCAAGAAAUUCAAAUCCAAACGGUCCACAUAACGCGAAUUUUCCCAGACAAAUUCGUGAUUUAGACGAAAACAGCGGUCCUCCAAUCGAAGAUGAUGAAGAUCUGGAUCUUUUGGAAAGCAUUUAUAGCAAACGUCAAGUUCAAUCUAGUGGUGUUCAAAAACGAGGUGGUCAAAAUUGCGCUGAUCGUUAUACCCCACCGCAUUUAAAUCCCGACACCUAUCACGAAAGUGCACAUUGUUUAAGAUUUUCGCCAGUUUGGUACGGUGUUUACAUAAUUGAAAAACCGUUAGUUGAACAGGAAAUUGUAAUUCAAAUUUUUGAAAAGUAUGAAACCGAAUGUGGUCAAGUUAAAUGGAAAGAUAUAACCGAUGGAAAGAAAAUUCGUUUAGGAACAUUUUCGCCUUAUUACAAAGAUGAAGUUCCAACGAUUUCGUUAACGUUUAAUUCGAUGUAUAACGAUGAAAAUUUUUGUAUCGCAUGGAGAAAAAUGAGAUUAUUAAUACCGGAAGGGAUGAGAGUUUCGGAUUUGGUUAAAUAUGCGGAAGCUAAAAGUGGACCACCAGAAUAUUUAGUUGUUAAUUCUGAAAAGAUUAUUUUAUCUGGAGAGCAAUGUGAUGCGGCUGGGGUAGGGUUUGAAGCAUUCUUUAAACAACCAAAUCGAUGUUCAAUGCCGAGGGGAACUUGUUUACAUCAUCAACCAAAACAUAUGUGGUUACAUGAUAAAAGACUUGAUCGAUCCGGUAAGAAAGGUUGUUAUUUUUUAAAGUAUCAUGGGAAACUUGCAAAAAAUCCAAUUAGGAAAAAUGUUACAAGUGACGAAAGAUAUUUAACAUUAAAUUAUUAUGGAAGAUAUAUUAGUAUGAUUGAUAUGGAAGUUAACGCUGAUUUUAACGCGGUUUUAAGACCAUCAUCAACCGGUGUUCUUACAGAAGUAUACAUUGAUAGUACUUGUCCAACAAGAACCCAUAUUACAAUCAAAUUAACUAACGGUGGGUUAUUAUCAAGUAAAUUUAUGGUGCGAAUAUGUGAUUGUCCAUUAGAUUUAAAAGGACAAUUAAAUGAUUUGAAAUCAGAUUUAGUUUUAAUAUCACCACAAAAUCAACACAUUUUUAAAUUAACCGUUUAUCAUCAACUUGAUGUUGAUAUAUUUCAUUGUUCUGUAGAAGCUUUAAAUUGUAAAGGUGAAUUAGUGGCUUUAAGACGAAUCAGAAUUCAAAAGCAAGAUCGUUGCAUUUGUACAUGGCAUUGUUUAUGUGCUUGCAUUGGUUCAACAAAAGGUUUAAAAUGUAUUGCAAUGAAACUAGAUCAUUUUCACGCGGCGGGAUUUCGUGGUGGUUUACCAACAACAAUUUAUGCAGAACAUGAAAUGAGUACAGAUGAUAUUAUAAGAAUAACUAUUUAUUUGAUAAUAUUUAUAUUUGUAACUCUUUUAUUACUUGGUUUAACAAAAGGAUUAAUUGGGUUAUGUUGUUUACCGAUCGGAAGUUGGGGAUUAAAUUUACUUUUAGAUCUCCCAAAACCAAUGAAACAUUAUUAUGAACCAAGAUUAAGAGAUAGAGAUGUUGUUUAUGACUCUGAGGGUUGGCCAGUUCAUCCAGCAACCGGAGAAAGAGUUCGAAAUCUUCCUGCAACCGCUGAAUUUUGUGCUAACGUACUCUUUUUUUAUACUUAUCCAACGGUUGUAUUACUUUUGGUUAUAAAAAGAAUAUGUUGUCCAAAUUUAUCGCGUCGUAAACGAAUGAAAGACAGUGGAUCGUGGUUUAAGAAAAAAUGUGAGGCGGCAUGUUCUAAUAAGGAAGUUCAAGCGAAUAGUUCGAAUACCACGACAAGCCAAAGAGGGAGUAAGAAGAAACAACCGUCGUGUUGUGAUCCGGUGAAAAAAGAUUCGAACAGAAAAAAUCCAAUUAUUAAGGUAGCAAUUACUGAACGACAAAAACAACCAUAUUCAAACUUGUCAUCAUCAAGCAGAAAUCAGUCUCCUAAGCGAAAGAGUGGUAAUCAUGAAGAUUGUUAUUGCUUCAGUAGUGGCGAUGAGUUUGGUGUUAAUCAUCCCAGCAAAUAAAUCAAGAAAUCUUAAAAUUUCUUUUCUGAAUUUUAAACAGGAAUUUAUAUGGAACUUUAUUUAAUAAAGCGUUGUUUACAAUUGAGUAUAUACAUUAGAGUGACUUUAUUAUUUAAUAUUAUUGACUUAGUUAUAGACUUUUUGAAACUAAACAAAAUAAAUGUUUAAAAUUGA